AUGAGGGAAAGCGUGGGAAAACGAUUGCUUGCGGACAAGAGCAGCGGGAGACUGGGAGCUAGAGAGGUUCACCGGAGUAGGCGAAGGGGAAGGGGAAGAGGCCAGCUAGAGAAGAAGGGCAAAGCAGCGUGGGAAAAUAUCCCGCAGAAAGGAAUAAGGAGAAGAGUUGUUGGUGCUGCUAGUGAAACCUCGGGUGGCUGCUGCAAGAGACUAGCACGAAGCAGCUGUGCUGGAGAGUCUUCCGGGUUGCUGGUCUUCUCGGUUGUGGGAAUUGAAUGUUUCUGGCUUGCGAUAUUCCCCAUACCGAAUAAUGUUCUAGAUCACAUUGUGAAAUUGUGCAGAGCUUUCCUUUGGGGUGGGAGGAGGAAACCACUAGUGGCAUGGAAUGAGGUAUGCAUACUAAAAGAUGAAGGGGGCUUAGGAGUCUUUGAUCUAAAAGCUUGGAACAUGACACUCCUUUCAAAAACGUUGUGGAAUGUUCAAGCCAAAAAAGACUCUCUAUGGUCCAUAUGGGUUCACCAUGUGUACUUAAGAGGUGUUAAUAUAUGGGAUGCCUCUUCAAAGCAUGAUGACUCCCCGUUGUUUAAGAAGGUGAUAAUUGUCAAGAACCAGAUUUUGAUGAAAUGUGACAAUCAACUUGACAUAGCGGAAAAACUGGUAGAAGAGUGGGAUCUUGAACACAAAAGUUCUACGCAAUGUUACAAUUCUUGGAGGCAUAAAGCAUGCAGGGUGGCCUGGUGUAAUGUGGUUUGGAAGAGUGGGAGCACUCCAAAACAUGCCUUCACUUUGUUGCUUGAUAUUAAAGGUAAACUCCCCACGUGUGACAACCAAGUUGGGUUUGACGGAGACUUAAAAUGUGGCUUCUGCAAGGAACUGGAUGAGAGUAUUGAUCACAUUUUCUUCAAAUGCAAAUAUUCCUCCCAUGUUUGGGACUACAUCAGGAGUUUGCUUGGAAUAUCAAGGAGUACGACGUCCUUAAAAGAGGUUGUAAAAUGGCUACACAGGGAAGAAAAAGGUAAAGCAGUAAAGGCUAGUGGGAGUAAAAUUGUGUUGGCUACAACAGUUUACUUCCUUUGGCACUUUAAAAACAGAAAGAGAUUUGAAGAAAAAUCCAUUACUCCAGAAGAGCUAAUAGGGACUAUGAGUUGA